AAGGAGGAAAACCAGAUGCUGAGAAAGAGCAGCUUCCCCGAGACUGAGGAGAAGGUGAGGCGGCUGAAGAGGAAGAACGCAGAGCUGGCGGUCAUUGCCAAGCGCCUGGAGGAGAGGGCACGCAAGCUGCAGGAGGCCAAUCUGAGGGUGGUGAGCGCCCCGGUAGCCCGUGUAGGGCCCAGCACCGAGUGGUGUCGGAAGGCGCUGUCCCGCCAGCGAGCCAGGGACCUCAGUGAGACCGCCAGUGCCCUGCUGGCCAAGGACAAGCAGAUCGCCGGCCUGCAGCGGGAAUGCAGGGAGCUGCAGGCCAGACUCACCCUGCUCGGCAAGGAGGGCCCCCAGUGGCUCCACUUUCGGGACUUCGACCGGCUGCUGCGCGAGUCCCAGAGAGAGGUGCUGCGUCUGCAGCGACAGAUCGCCCUACGUAACCUGAAGGAACCGCAGGCGCCAUCCCGGCCCCGGGGUCCCAGAGCCCCCAACAGAGCUGGGGCACCUGCCCCCGGGGCCCCGGGAGAGGCCAUAGUGCAGGAGGAUGUGGAGAGCCCACCUGUGAUCCAAAGGGAGCCAGAGAAAGAGCAGAGGGUGCAGCAGCUGGAGUCAGAGCUCUGUAAGAAGCGGAAGAAAUGUGAGAGCUUGGAGCAAGAGGCCCGAAAGAAGCAGAAGCGAUGUGAGGAGUUGGAGCUGCAGCUUCGAGAAGCCCAGGAUGAGAAUGCCCGCCUGGUGGAGGAGAACUCUCGGCUCAGUGGGAGGGCCGCGGAGAAGGAGCAGGUGGACUGGGAGAACAAGGAGCUGAGGGACCAGCUCCUGGGGGUGACGCAGGAGAGGGACUUGGCCCUUCGCAAGAGCCAGGGUCUGCAGAGCAAACUGGAGAGCCUGGAGCAAGUGCUAAAGCACAUGCGGGAGGUGGCCCAGAGGCGGCAGCAGCUGGAAGUGGAGCAUGAGCAGGCUCGGCUCAGUCUGCUGGAGAAGCAAGAGGAGGUUCGGAGGCUGCAGCAGGCCCAGGUAGAAGCCAAGAGAGAGCAUGAAGGGGCUAUGCAGCUACUGGAGUCUACCCUGGAUUCCAUGCAGGUCCGGGUUCGAGAGCUUGAGGAACAGUGCCGCAGCCAGACUGAGCGCUUCAGCCUCCUGGCGCAGGAACUCCAGGCCUUCCGCCUACACCCAGGCCCCUUGGACCUGCUUACCUCUGCCCUGGGCUGUCCCACCCUUGGGGACCACCCACCACCCCCCUGCUGCUGCUCCACACCCCAGCCCUGCCGGGGGUUAGGCCCCAAAGAUGACAUCCCCCCAGGCUCCCCCGGGCGAUGCACUCCCAAGUCUUCUGAUCCUACACCUGCCCAUGCCACAGCAGUCCCUCGAAGAACAUCCAAAAAGACAGAGUCCCUCUCCAACUCUUCUCGCUCCGAGUCUGUCCACAACAGCCCCAAGUCUUGUCCUACACCUGAGGUGGACACAGCCAGCGAGGUGGAGGAGCUGGAGGCAGACAAUGUCUCCCAGCUCCCAGUUGUGCCAGAAGGCAGCAGAGGAGGAUCCAGGAUCCAGGUCUUCCUAGCACGCUAUAGCUACAACCCCUUUGAGGGUCCCAAUGAGAAUCCAGAGGCUGAACUCCCACUCACAGCUGGCGAAUAUAUCUACAUCUAUGGCAACAUGGACGAGGACGGGUUUUUUGAAGGGGAGCUUAUGGAUGGUCGCAGGGGUUUGGUCCCUUCCAAUUUUGUGGAACGUGUGUCCGACGAUGACCUCCUGACGUCCCUUCCACUGGAGCUGGCUGAUUUGUCCUACAGUUCCGGCCCAGAACUCAGUUUUCUGAGUGGGGUCGGCGGUGGCAGCAGUAGUGGGGGCCAGAGCAGCGAGAGCCACAACCAGCCCAGGCCAGAAGAUGAGGCUGGGGGGAAUGCGCUCAGUUUGAGCCCCCCACCCGAGGGCCUGGGAGAGCUCCCAGCUGUGCCUUACCCCUGCCACCUAUCGGUCAUCAAACAGCUGGCCCACAGCGUAGUGCUGGCCUGGGAGUCACCUUCUGAGCACGUAGAACUACAAGGCUACCAUAUCUGUGUGAAUGGGGAGCUUCGUCAGGCCCUGGGGCCUGGAGCAGCCCCCAAAGCUGUUCUGGAGAAUUUGGACCUGCAGGCUGGACCCAUUCAUAUUUCCGUGCAAGCCCUCACCAGUCGGGGCAGCUCCGAUCCUCUGCGCUGCUGCCUGGCAGUGGGUGCCAGGGCUGGGGUGGUACCCAGCCAGCUGCGCGUGCAUCGGUUGACAGCCACAUCUGCAGAGAUCACCUGGGUGCCCAGCAAUAGCAACUUGACCCAUGCCAUCUACCUCAAUGGGGAAGAGUGUCCCCCGGCCCGCCCCAGCACCUACUGGGCCACCUUCUGUCAUCUGAGGCCAGGCACACUCUACCAGGCCCGAGUAGAAGCUCAACCCCUGGCGCAAGUAUGCUGGGAGAGGCCAGAGCAGCGGGCUGCCACCCUACAGUUCACCACACUCCCAGCAGGGCCCCCAGAUGCUCCCCUGGAUGUGCAGAUUGAGCCAGGACCCUCCCCAGGAAUCCUGAUCAUAAGUUGGCUUCCGGUCACCAUUGAUGCAGUUGGCACCUCCAAUGGUGUCCGGGUCACAGGCUACGCUAUCUAUGCAGAUGGACAGAAGCUCAUGGAGGUGGCAUCACCCACUGCGGGAAGCGUGCUGGUGGAGUUAUCGCAGCUGCAGCUGCUACAGGAGUGCCACCAAGUGACUGUGCGCACCAUGUCACCUCAUGGCGAGUCAGCCGACUCUGUUGUGGCUCCUGUGGGUCCUGCUCUGGCUGCGGCCUGCCUGCCACCCAAGCUUGCCUGUACCUCUCCACGGCCCGGCCCGGAGGCCCGAACACCCCGUGUUCCAGCCUCCCCUGGCCCUGGAGAGCCCAAUUCUCCUCUCCAACAUCUUGAACCCCCUGGAACUCGAGACUCCUCAGGGGGCCUCCCUGCCAACCUGCCCAGUGAGGUGAGACCAGAAAAACCCUCAGAGGAGCACCCAGCACCUCGCUCCCAGGGUCUGCCAUUGCAGGGGGAAGCCAGGCUCACUGUGCCAGAGACCUCAGAGGACAGAAGAAACUGUGAGCCAGCUCUGGCCGAGAGACUGCCUGGGCCUGCAGCUGCCUCUCUGGCUGAAGAGAAGGCCGAGUGGAUGGAGGAAGAGGCCUGUCGGGCCUCCUGUUCCACCCAGCAGGAGUCCUGUGCCAAAUCCUGCCACGAAGGAGACACAGGGUCUGAGUUGAAGCCCAAAGCUGAGGGGGAUGAUGUCACAGAGCUCAGGGACCAUCAGGUAACCCCCCUUGUGGACCAUGACCGCAACUCAGAUCUCUCAGACAUCCAGGAGGAGGAGGAGGAGGAGCUGGGUUCUAGGACUAGUUCUUUCCAGAAGCAGGUCACUGGCAACAGCACCAGGGAGGAGGGGGCCAAGCCCCAGCCUGACCCCUUCUGUGAGACUGACAGCGACGAGGAGAUCUUGGAGCAGAUCCUGGAGCUGCCCCACCAGCAAUUCUGCAGCAAGAAGCUCUUUAGCAUCCCUGAGGAGGAGGAGGAGGAGGACCAGGAGGACGAGGAGAAGCCAGGGGCAGGCUCUUCCCAAGACCCUGGCCUGCCUGAGCAUUCAGUGGAGGGGCUGGGUGUUGACAGAGGUUACACCCUAGGACCUGGACCAGGUUCCUUUUCUCCGAAGCCCUGCGGGGCUGGGGAUUGCCUGGAGGAUGUGUCCGGAAUAGCUGAGGAAAGUAGCCGGAGGAGAAGUGGCUCGCCUGAGAAACCCCCAAAUCGCAGGCGGGCUCCAGACCCUCGUGAACAGUGCAGUCGACUUCUCAGCAAUGGGGGCACUCAAGCCCCAGGCCGAUCAGGCUCCAUGCGGGAGAGGGGCGGCCCCACUUUGGGCGAGGGGACCAGGGGCAGCCUCGAGCCUGGUGGGAGAGGGCGGCCUGCCCCUUCUCGGACGUGUUCCCGUGGCCGGGCCCCAGUAUCUCCCCUGGCCAGCUGCCUCUCCCCAAAAUGCUUGGAAAUCAACAUUGAGUAUGAUUCCGAGGACGAGCAGGAGGCAGGUGGCGGGGGCAUCAGCAUCGGCAGCUCCUGCUCUCUUGGAGAUGAGGAGGCCUGGGCCACAGCCCCCGUGGGAAGGUCCAGGGGUGCUCUGAAGGCCAGCUCAGCCCCCAGCCCCAACCCACGCCUCCCAGCCUGGGAGAAAGGGGAGCCAGAGCGGAGAGGCCGCAGUGCCACUGGCCGAAACAAGGAGCCACCCUCCCGGGCAACAGAGACUGGGGAUUCCAGAGGGCAGGACAGCUCUGGGCGGAGGGGCCCUCCUCAGAGAGCGGGUCGGGCCCCCAGACUCAGUGCCCUGGAACUGGCUCCUCCUAGGAGCUCCCCAGAGGCUGUGAUGGUUCACCGGGAUCUGCCUGUUCGGCUCUUUGUGGCUCUGUUUGACUAUGACCCUAUGUCGAUGUCACCCAACCCAGAUGCUGGGGAAGAGGAGCUCCCCUUCCGGGAAGGCCAGAUUCUGAAGGUGUUUGGAGACAAGGAUGCUGAUGGCUUCUAUCGGGGUGAAAGUGGGGGCCGGAUAGGCUACAUCCCUUGCAACAUGGUGGCCGAGGUGGCAGUGGACAGUCCCAUGGGAAGACAGCAGCUGCUUCGGCGAGCUUUUGUGCCCCGAGAGGUUCUUGCCGAGGGCUCAGGAAAGUGCUCUUUUGUGUACUCUGCUGCCUGUACCUCUGGACCUCCCCCCAAGCCCCGCCGCUCCAAGAAAGCAGAGGCCCCUGGCCCUUCCCAGACCUCUACAGGGCUUCCCCACCCCCCCACUGCCAGCCUGAAAGCACCGCACUCCAUGGUGGCUGCAUUUGACUACAAUCCCCGGGAGAGCUCCCCCAACAUGGAUGCGGAGGCAGAGCUGCCUUUCCGGGCAGGUGACAUCAUCACUGUGUUCGGGGACAUGGAUGAUGAUGGUUUCUACUAUGGGGAGCUGAAUGGACAGAGAGGUCUGGUUCCAUCCAAUUUCCUGGAGAGGCCGGCCCCUGAGGCAGGUGACCUAGACCAGGACCAGGACAAGGAGCCCCGUCCACUGCAUAUCAAUGGUCAGGAUUGGAGCAGCACAAAGCUAGGGCACCCCACGCCCCAAGGCUGGCCCUAUGUCCCUGACCCUGACAGCAUCUCCAGGAUUGAGCAAGGGCGGGCACAGGGCACAAGAGAGAAAGUCCGAGGCCUCUUCUCCAAGGGGAAGCAGCUCCUCCUGAAGCUGGGCUCUGGGACAAAGGAGUGACUCCACAGAGACCCUGAGACCCAUGUCCUGGCUGGGUGGGCAGCCCCCACCAACGAUCUUCUGAGUUAACACUGUGGCGUGUGGAUGGGAACCAGAGACUCGGUGAGGAUCAGAUCAGAUGGGUCCUUCGGGCUGAAUCCUCCCAGGGGGGCAACUUCCUUUAAAAGAAGAGGGAACAGAGCCUCUAGUGACAGUCACCUGGCCCAGGACUAAGAGCCAGGACUUUGGACCUCCGAGCCUGGUUUCCUACCAUACAGUGCUAGUGCCCUCUGAGGCUCUCCGAGUCCCAAGUCGGGGCGGGGGAACCUGGAGGAAUUCUGGGGAUAAAGGAGACUGUACCCUCAGAUGGCACUGGCCACCCUGAAGGCAAAUUUUUGCACUGGUGUCUCCUGAACCCCAUACUUCGAGAGGAGGGAGGAGCUGGAGUCUUCCAAGGUCCUGCCCUUCUCCCGGAGGACGGGGACGGAGCCAUGUAUAUAUGUACAUACUCAGUGCCUCAACCAGCUUCCUCCAUCUCGCUUCCAUCGCCGACCCGAGAAGGAGCAGGCCAUGCCAAAGCGGGCCCAUGCCCGCCCUCAUAGUGCUCCCGCCAGCCCUACCACCCAGCCUCCUGGUCCCAAUGCUCCUCACCCCCCACCCAGAGCCCCGGAGCCAGUGGGCAGGAAGCAGGAGUUGGGUUUGCCUUAUUUUGCUCAUCGGAUUCAAUUUCUCUUUUGCAUCCAUUUCCUCUGGCCCCAGUGGGACUGGUGGGGCUGGGGGAAAGGGCAAAUGAUGCAGCUAUUUUCAUACAUUCCCUGUUCCCUGUGGACCUCAUGUCCCUCAUCUGCCCUCCUCACCUUCCUUGGGGCGAGUGUUUGCAUGUUUUCUUCCUGUGGUGGGAGAUGGUUUGUCUGGAACUCCACCCCUCCCCUCCCCUUGGUCUCCAAGGAUGUGGAAGAGUGGGGGCAUUUGUUUAAAAAAAUACAUUUUAUUAUAAUAAAAAUUAUAUUUUCACAAAA